AUGGCCCAAGAACGUGCAGCGGCGCGCACGUCCGUUUCCUUUUCGCUCUCUGGAAAAGAGUCGCGGCGGAAUGUGGCGAUUCCGCCUCGCGCAUUACUGGGCGGGGACGAGGGCCCUCUGGAGGAUGCGCCGAGCGAUAUUUUACUUGGCGUAAAGCACAAAUGCGUCUCAGAAGAAUCGAAAAAGCCACGCGCGAUCCCCAUGCAGGCCCCAAUCGACUGGCGAGAAGACCGAAAGCGGAGACUGGGAAUAUUGGAUAAGCAUGGCGCAGCAUUAGGUUCGCUUGCAUCGAUGCGCACACCGCACGGCGUGAGCACUGCACCAGAACGGGCCUUUUUGGAGCCGCAGCAGCGCGGGCUUUCCGUGCGGAACAAAGAGGCCACAGAGGAAGAGGUUGUGCAGGGCGAUGCAACACCUCCCGCAGACACAGCCGGGCCCACUCCGCCCCACUCUCCGCCCCAUCUUGUGCAUGGCGCCCAGGAGACGAGCGACGCAGACGCAAUUCGCGCAUUAAUGCGCGGGGACGAUAGCGAGCAUGAUGGCGCAUCGGAUCGCGUGAUUGUAUACCCUUCUGAGGAGGAUAUGUUCAAACGCGACGUUGAUACGCAUCCUGACGCUCCGUCGUUGGAGGCGUACAGCGAUAUGCCCGUGGAGGAGUUUGGUGCUGCGAUGCUGCGUGGAAUGGGGUGGAAGGAUGGGCAUGGCGUGGGCAAAUCGAGGCAGGGCCCGACUCAAGCGCCAGGGGUGAAGCGCCGCGCUGCCCUGCUAGGCCUAGGCGCAAAAGAGCGCGCGCUGCCCACGUCGGAUCCGAAGCGCAGAGACCGUCGUCACGAUAAUGCGCGGUACAUGCCGGUGACCAACAAGACGAGGGAAGACAGGAGAGAUGGUCUAAGAAAUACCCCUCAUGACCGUGGGCAUUCGCGCGAGAGCCAUAGUUACCGGCGCCCCGAGCAUGACCCUGACCGCGAGCGCUACACCUCGCACCGCAGCUCCAGUUCUCAUCGAGAGAGACGCGCGUAA